UUUUCCUUCUUUGAAAGAAUGGCUUCUUUGGCGAGCGCUGUGGCGAUGGCAAUGCGAGUGCCGCGAUCGUGUCCAAGGGCGGCAUUUGGCGACCGGCGCUCUUCUCUGCUCGUAGCGCUCUCACUCACUGCUGCGUCCAAAACGAGGCAAGGAAUCGAGAGGCUUUUCGCCGAUAGCAUCAAGCAACUGGAUUCGUCGCUGGCCAGGGUCUCACAGGCAAGGAAUAUGGAGGAAGCUUUGAUGACUGUGCCUGAUCUGGAGACUAUUCCAUACCGGGUGAUCAGUCGGCACUAUGGCUAUGAGAUUCGCCAAGUCGAGUCAUAUCUUGUUGCCGAAACGAGCAUGCCUGGAAAAAAAGGUUUUGAGUUCUUUGGCUCGUCGCAGGCGUUCAACACAAUUGCAACGUACAUAUUUGGGAAGAACACCAAGCAGCAGGAAAUGGCAAUGACGACUCCUGUGCUUGUCAAGAACGAGUCCAUCAAGCUGGAAAUGACAACCCCUGUUGUCUCAACACAGGAAGCCGAGGAUGAAUGGAAAAUGGCUUUCGUGAUGCCGUCAAGCUACACGGAAGAAACUUUGCCUACACCGGAAGACAGCUCGGUGACAAUAAGACGUGUGCCAGCGGCCUUGAUGGCUGUGACAAGCUUCUCAGGACUGGUAAGCGACGAAGAGGUGAGGAAGAGAGAAGAAAAGAUGCGGCAGAGCAUCAAGCUGGAUGGCAAGGUGCGAGUAAAACCUGGUGCUCGAGUAGAGGUGGCUCAGUAUAAUCCUCCUUUCACUCCGCCGAUGUUCCGGCGCAACGAAGUGGCUCUGGAAGUGGAAGAAAUACAAGAUUGAGGUGAUUAAUACUCAACAGCUUUUGCCUAAUGCGCCUGUAGCUCAGUGGAUAGAGCGUCUGUUUCCUAAGCAGAAGGCCACAGGUUCGACCCCUGUCUGGCGCGUGGUAUAUUUCUUCCUCUCAGCUGGAGGGAAUCUAGAGUCACAAAAUCGCUGUUGACAAAAGUGCUGCUGUCGCCCGGUUUUGCAGCACGCAAAAGAAAACUUGCUGCACCAGACUGCUCCAGACUGCUCCAGACUACUCCAGACCGCUCUAUCUAGCUGAUGUUUCGCCUUCCAGCACAGUUCUCUUUCUUUUUCCUUUUAUUCUCCUUUUUUCUUGUUUCAGUGCUCGUUGCACAACAGCUGUUGUGUUUACGAUCGCUGUUGCGGUUGCUGCUGGUUCGAGGUGAAGACGCGGUCCACGAUUUCUCCUGUCAAGCUACUAAAGAAAAGAAAUAUCACUGAACAACAAGACAAGGUUUCAGGGAGGAAAAAGGGACAGAGAAGAUCGAGCGUGAAGAAAUCAAAGAAAACACGGGUGAGUAUCGCUCGAUUGAUUUAACGUGAUUUCGACCACAGAAAAUACGUACCAAACGAGAGGAGCUUGGUCCUUGUUUAAGAAACAAUAUGAACACUCUUUCCCGAACAUGAGAGAUCUGGAAGAAGACGGCACGAUCCAUUUGACAGAUUUUUAAUAAUGCUGCAGAGAAACUUGUGCGGAUCAAGCGAUGAUGGAAAUUCUAUUCUAUGGUUCGUGAUCACUUUGGACAAAAUGGUACUCGUUUCCUCUCGGGCAUUUCACGACUGACUCAAAAAACGCACGUCUCUUCUUUUGUUCUUCAACAGAGAAAAAGGAAUUCGUCCAGGAAUGUUUUUGUUUUCCAGCGAAGCGCUCGAAGUUUUUCAAUUUUAUUGCGUACAACAUGUGGAGAUCACGUCGCCCGCCAUUGAUAUGCGUGAUUUUAAUUCUUCAAAGAAGAAAGGAAUUUCUCUUCCAGGAAAAAAAGGUGGUGGAAAAACUUCCACUCGUUUUGCUAUGAGGAAGAUGGGUAUGGAGUAGUGACUGUGUGCCUUUUAUUUGCUAAAGGAACUUUACUUAUUCAUGCACUUUACUUAUUCAUGGAAAAAAUCUCUCUUUUUGCUAA